AUGGAAAUCCCACGCAGCCUGGAGCGGCCAUGGACACCGCCAGAGAUCGAAGACCGACCAUAUGCUCGCACUCGCCCAAGCCAUCUCAAGCUAUAUGGAAACUCACUCUCGCGGUAUUCUAGAAAAGAGCAGCGUUGGCCAAACGAUGCUGACCGUGGGCACGAACAACCCUCGUGGGCCACUGAAACCUAUAGUCCAAGAACCCCGUUCACGGCAUCACGGCCGAAAUUCAGUUCCCGUCUUACCGAACCACUUCCGUAUACGCCCAAAAAACAGUACCGUUUCGACGAGCCAUAUUCACAGCCAAGGGGCAUGCCACGCUACCCCUACACGCCUGAUAGCUCCCAAAUAUUGCGUCGACACACUGAUAUCCCUACUUCUCCUCCACCAUGGGACGACUAUUCAGAUCCCGCUCUAUCGCCUGUUCAGGAUGCCUUGUCCGCCUGUAUUGUGCAGUUUGAGGAUUUGAUCCAGUCGCAGCAGCCAGAUGAAGAUCAGAUGGAAUAUAUUGUAGGGCAAUUUGAGGCCAUGGCCAUGCGUCUUUCGGCUCCGGAAUCGUAUGAGAGAGAAACGGGUGCACAGUAUCCUUCCCAUUUCGACCAGGGAGCUGGUAUCAUGCACGCGGACGACGGCAAAGAUGAUCUCGCUGAAGCGAAAAGGCUAUACCACCAGUCGUAUGUUGCAGAAGUGGGAAACUAUGUCAACAGCGUACAAAAAUAUGUCGACGAGCUGCGGAAGCGCCUGGAUGAAGUCAAGACACUAAAUAGCAUCCAGCUAGACGUCAUCAACGAUUUGCGUAAACAGAUGAAGACCGUCCGUCAAAGCAUGCGCGAGGAGCUCGAAAGGAGUGGUGGUGGCACUACCGGCGCUGAAACUGGCAGCGGUGAGAAAGACUUCAAAAUCGCAAAGAUCGUAGACUUGGAUGAACCCGAACACAACUUACCAGCACGAGACCGAAGAAGAAAAGAAGAACUCGGUAGUGGUGCCAACGACACCGACCACAAAGACGACUCUACAACCAGAAAAUUCGGCAUGAUGGACAGCUGGCAGACCCUCGUCAACGACGACGACUACAACAACAACAACAAUCAAGACGUAUCCCAGGAAAUCCACAACGAAUAUACCAAACUCGUCCGCAGCGCUGUAUACAACCUCACCGCAGAAGGCAAUAAUGAUGGCAAUGAUGAUGCUUACCGCACCCCUCGUCCUGCUGCUGCUACUCCUCCUGUUAUACGCCAGACCAAGCGCCGUCUAAUUACCAUUAUACGUUCGCCCCCGAGACGCAGCUUCUGGGCUUCGAUUGGCGAGGCGCUAGAUGCCAUGUCCGAGUUGUUGCUUGAAGAAUGA